GCGAUAAAUUCUACUUUAUUUUAUUGCUCUUUCUCUUUAUUCUAUGCAUUGAUUUAAUUUGCAGAUGCUCGUAAACAAAAGGCGCACGAAAAACUCGUCCUGGGCUACUAAAAGUUUGAAACCUCAAUCGGUCUGGGCGCACAUCUAACUGCUUCAUUUGAUACUCAGCCCUAAAAAAUGUUUGGGCUUAAGAUGUUUCUGCAGCCCCUGUGCUGAAGGAAGGGAUAUUGAUAACACAUGUUUAGCCCCUAAUAACAGUAUGUGCUUUGCAUCAAUUAGACGAGUGUUUGAGAAUGGAGAGCGUAUUCAUGAGCUGGUCUAUGGGUGUCUUCCCGGCUUUGAAGGGGGAACCACCAUGCAGUGCCAAGCUAAUUUAGUUCCCCAUCGAAUCCCCACUGCCAUAGAGUGUUGUGACAAUGCGGAUCGCUGUAACGAGGGUGUAGUACCCAUCUACGAGGAGCGGUCUACUACUCCUGGUCCUGAGACAGUGCCGAGCCAGUACAAGAGUUACGAGAACAUGACCCAGAUAGCCCUAUUGUUGUCCCUAGUUGUCUGUUUCAUUGUCCUGAUCAUCACCGCCACUGUCGUAUAUCUCAGAUUCCGUAAGCGAGAGUUGGACCGCCAGGAUGUUCUGUCAGACAUGGAGAAGAAGGGAAUCCUCCUGCCCCAGGAUGAGACGCUCUCCGAGAUGAUAGAUCAGUCCUCUGGUAGCGGCUCUGGGCUUCCACUUCUGGUUCAGCGCACGAUUGCCAAGCAGAUCCAGCUAGUUAAGAGUAUUGGGAAGGGUCGGUAUGGGGAGGUGUACAAGGCCAAGUGGCGAGGGGAGAAUGUGGCCGUCAAGAUCUUUCUCACCACCGAGGAAGCAAGCUGGUUCCGUGAGACUGAGCUCUAUCAAACUGUUCUCCUUAGACAUGACAACAUUCUUGGUUUUAUAGCGGCUGACAUCAAGGGUACGGGAUCGUGGACUCAGCUGUUCCUGAUCACAGAUUACCAUGACAACGGUUCCCUGUACGACUACCUGACCGAGAAUACCUUUGAUCAUCAUGACAUGCUGCUCAUCUCUCAUUCCAUCGCCUGUGGGCUCUCACAUCUACACACAGAAAUAUUUGGCACCAGAGGGAAGCCUGCUAUUGCUCAUAGAGACAUCAAAACUAAAAACAUUCUAGUAAAAAGAGACGGGAGUUGUUGUUUAGCCGACCUGGGUCUUGCUGUGAAAUAUGUCAGUGAGACAAAUGAGGUAGAUGUUGCGCCGAACACACGGCAGGGCACGAAGCGCUACAUGGCACCGGAGGUCCUGGAUGAGUCAAUUAACAUGUACUCGUUUGACGCGUACAAGCAGGGGGAUAUGUACUCCUUUGGGCUGUGUUUGUGGGAAGUUGCUAGGAGGACAGCAAUCGGGGGUGUGGUGGAAGAACAGGGGAUCCCAUACCAGGACCUUGUGCCCUCUGACCCCAGCUUUGACGACAUGAAGAUGGUCGUGUGUGAUGCCAAAAUACGCCCUCAAAUACCACACAGAUGGGGGCAAGAUGAUUUUAUGAAGGUAGUAACCAAGGUGAUGAUGGAAUGCUGGAGCGGCAACCCUGCUGCCCGCCUCACUGCGCUCAGGGUGAAGAAAACACUUUCAAAACUCCACGAGAUCCUUGAGGCGACGGAAAAGAUCGAAAGACUUAAAGCCAUCCAGCCGUGAUAAGGAAAUAAACGUGUACUUGGUAUAGCUGGAAAUUACUAUUUUGGAGGAUGUGUGGUUUUGGGAAUCUAUAGUGGUUCAUGUUUGAGCUGUCAAAACUACAGAUAUCUGUUGUGAACUGUUUGUCAGUAUCAUGUAUCAUGACUUGGCUGUCCAUCAGCAGACCUAUAUAUUGUGUGAACUGUCUGUCGGCAGAUAUCUAACGUGAACUGUUGAUGGCAGAUAAAUAGAUCAGGGGAUAGAUUGUACGAAUGUUGACAACUCUACAUUUAUAUAUACAUGUCAGUGCAAAUGCUUGGUGUUUUGCAUACUUGUUAAAGCUGUAGACAGAGUUUAAGUGAUUGAUAUUGUGAUAAGUGUGUCGGAGAAACGCAGUGGUAUGCAUGUAUUGUGCUGUAAUGGUUAUAAUUGUUGUAUAUAGAUUUAACCUGACCCUGAAGCCAGUUAUUAACCAGCAUGUGUACCAACAGUUCCUGACAAGUGAUAUGUGAAUUGGUUCAAAUGCAAUUAGAGAAACCAGGAAGAAAUGGUACGUCGUUAGCGAAAAUGAAUCCUGUGGAGAAAGUCACUAUAUUGAGGAAAAACGGGAGUUAGCCAUGUGAUAAGUAAGAGUGAAACUAUUACAGAUCAUAACCUAUAGAAUUGAAGUUGAGAUCAAUAAGAAGCACAAAAGGCAAAAACUUUCUUCCACUUCCACAGGAGACAUUUUCCCUGACAAUGUCACUUUUAAUAUUUAUAUGUGUUUGAGUUUAUAUUGAGAAAAAUUCUCUCUUUCCUCCUUUGACAUUUGAUUUAAAUAGGCUUAGUUUUGGUUCCAAAAGUCAUAAGGCCCUAGUCUAGUCUAAGACUGCUUAUGGCCCCCAUGCUAAUUUUUAUACAUAUAUAUAUAUAAACAGGUUAUGAUUUCUAUCUUUUGCCUUUACAUGUUUUGUCCAGUUUUAAUUCACCAAAUAAUAUAUGUUCUAUUAAUAGUUCUUAAUUAUUAAGUACAAAUGUGUCAAACUGUUUCCUGUGAAUUAAUAUCAACUAUUUACAUGUAAAAUCAAUGUAAAUUGUUCAGUCGUUAUUUGUAACAAAUGUGUGAACAGGGAAGUCAUUGUAGAAAAAUGUUGGUGCUAUGUUCCGUAUUGUCUAAUGGUGAAAAACUACUUAAACCUUGAUCUCUUCAGGUGUAGAACAACACUUAAAUAUUUUCCCCACCUUUAUUAUCGUCUCUAAGGCCAAUCCAAAUUGAUGUUUCAUUUGUCGGAUUUACUUCAACUUUUUUCAGAAAUUGCCAAAAAUAUAAAUAAUAAUAGUGACCACUCUUCACAAAUAUAUAUAACAAGAAAGACCUUAAUGUUUCUGUGCUUCAAACAAGUCAAUGAAAUGGCAUUAUAAUAAUUAUAUGUCUGACAAUUUACGGAAUGUAUAAAAUUAAUACUUAUUGGGGUGUUGCACUACAAGUCACUACAAGCUUUAAAAAAUUCUUGUCUUUCUAAAUAUUGAUUAUAUUGGAACGAAAAAGGUUUUGUCUUUGCCUGCAUUUUUUUCGGCUAAAAAUCUGACUUACAAAAUAUUAAAAUGGUUCGGCCUUAUGGUAUUAUUAAUCAAACACUAUGUAUUAUGACCGUUAACAGGUGUGAAAAACAGCUCUUAUUUCUGUCAUAGAUUCACUGUCUUGUACACUAGUAUUUAUUCUUCCAGUAUUUAGGCUAAAAUUGUUGUCAUGAAUGUAUCUACAUGUACAUCAUACUUAUUUCACUUUCUACUUGUGUUAUCAUUAUACUAGAAUUAAUUGAUCUUGACAAGAAGAAUAAGGUGGCUUAAAGGGCUUGUAGUAGAUUUUUCAAUAAUCAGUUUUUGGUAUUAUAUAACAGUUGUGUUACACUAAAGUAAUUUACCAUAAAGAACCCACGACCUUUAAUGUACAUUAAGCCAUGGGUUAUGUUAUCUAAAACAACCCUUAUACAUGUGACAUUACAAACAUGUUACACACGUGACGUUACUAACUGUGUGUACACAUGUGACGUUACCAACUGUGUGUACACACGUGACGUUACCAACUGUGUGUACACACGUGACGUUACCAAUUGUGGGUACACACGUGACGUAACCAACUGUGUGUACACACGUGACGUAACCAACUGUGUGUACACACGUGACGUUACCAACUGUGGGUACACACGUGACGUAACCAACUGUGUGUACACAUGUGACGUUACUAACUGUGUGUGUACACGACGUUACCAACUGUGUGUACAUGACGUUACCAACUGUGUGUACAUAUGUGACGUAACCAACUGUGUGUACACACAUGACGUAACCAACUGUGUGUACACAUGUGACGUUACCAACUGUGUGUACACACGUGACGUUACCAACUGUGUGUACACACGUGACGUUUCCAACUGUGUGUGUACACAACGUUACCAACUGUGUGUACACACAUGACGUUACCAACUGUGGGUACACACGUGACGUUACUAACUGUGUGUACACACGUGACGUUACCAACUGUGUGUACACACGUGACGUUACCAACUGUGUGUGUACACGACAUUACCAACUGUGUGUACACAUGUGAGUUACCAACUGUGUGUGUACACGACAUUACCAACUGUGGGUACACACGUGAUGUUACCAACUGUGUGUAUACAUGCAAUUACCAACUGUGUGUACACACGUGACGUUACCAACUGUGUGUGUACACGACGUUACCAACUGUGUGUACAUGACGUUACCAACUGUGGGUACACACGUGACGUUACUAACUGUGUGUACACAAGUUUGUGCCAGGACUAUUAUUCAUUGUGAGGAAAGUAUAUUUUCUUGUACAUGUUUGUUUAGAGUUAAGAUCUGUUAUAUUGACAUCUAAUUUACUGCUUUGAUUAUUAAUGUCGAGACAUGUAUUAUUUCAAUAUUUUCUGUGAUGAAGGAGAGUAAUUACUGUUUAUUUAAAUUAAGUGUUAUUUUCAUUCUCCUACAAAAAUGUACUGUUAAGUACAAGUUGUUUUGUGGUAAUCAACAAGCUCAACCCUGGAGUUCUGUAACAUUAUUGGUUAACUUGACAAGUUAAUAGUCUCAUGUGAUUAUAUGAUUCAGAAGUGAAUAUUGUAGGCCGCAGUCAACAUUACCACUGGCCUGUUAACCUAAUGCCAGUAAAAGACCUUUCUCUGCUUGUUCAAAAUGCAUGUUAAAUUUGUUUUACGUACAGGGUUUCUUACAAUUUUAAAAGCAAGAUCAUUAUAUGUGUAUCCACACCCGGCCCCAAUUUCUCAAAACUUGUUAAAUCCCUUAUAACAGGAAUAAGCUAAUCUCACUUUUUUUGUUAUUCUAUAAAAUGUGUUAUAUUUACUUCUUCAAGAAUUUUUAGGAAAUUAUGUAGGAAUAAUCUGUAAGAUUAUCAGAAUAAACCAUUUUUCAUUUUUCAAAACCAUUUUCAGUAUGUAUUUAGAAUUGAAAUAAUCAACUUAGCCUGUUAAGCUUAAGAAGUUUCGAGAAAUUGGGGCCCAUUGAUUUAAAUUUCUGUUGUGAUUACUGUCAAUGGAGUAUUUAUUUAUUCCUGCAAAGUCACAAGAUUUUCAUCCCUCCGAAUAUUUGUUCAGUUUACAUUAUAGUCAAGUAUCUUGUAUUUUGAUUUCACCAGUGCCAUUAAAUGUUAAAACUUUUAUACAUGAGCAGUCUCUGAUGAUUGUAUUACACCACUGCUUGUCUUUAUCUGGAUUUAUUUAUCACAAGUCUUAUAAAUUAUGCGGACAUUGAUGGAAUAGAAUUCUGUUUUUAAAUUAAUAGUAGUAUCAAAACCAUUCAUUUCCUGGACUGUGAAAUAGCAUAUUUUGUAUUCCGGGUUUGUUUUCUCAAAAGCCUGUAAGUUUAUAUGCUAAGACUUAAAGGUGUGAUAUGUAGUCAAUAUAUUUCUCUGCUUUUCAGUACUGUUACACCCAUACAUUUUCAUACGCAUUUUCUGUAGGAAGUGUUAAUUGUUUAUCUGAUCAAACAUUGUAUGUAUAUUUUUUUAAAUUUCUGUAUACAGGAACACUAUUUUACAAACUGAUUUUACGAAAGAUUACAUAUAAUAGGCCAGUUCCAAAACAGAACAUUCUAAUUCUGAUUUAGAAUGGUAACUUUUCAUGUUGUUACUCCCAUGUUUUAAGUAGUUAAACAACUGAACAUUUGUACACCUGCCAUCUUCCACUGUAUAAUGUUCUUGAACUGUUAUAGCUUCUAGAUGUGAACAAACUACUGUUUUACCUUGUUUACCCAUUUUACCCAUUGUUUUUUGUUUACAUUUUAGCAGACACAUUUUAUAACAUUUUGUAUUUUCCUACCUCUGUUGGGCUUCAUAUGUGUAAAUAAUUUUGUAAAUAUAACUUGUGAAAUUAAGUGAAUGAAAUCA